AUCCUCAAAUGGUAGCGCCCGCUUUGCCGGAAGCGGCGCCCAUUGGUGCAAGCCGAAGGGGCGUGUGGAAUGUUCAGUCCCGGGCGAGACCAUUAACCCGGACGGGGGGUGGGGAACGGGGAGCGAGUCGUUGCGGGGUCGGGCUUCAGCGAUGGCCCCCAUUCCGCGGCUCAUCUUGCUGUUUAGCGGGAAGAGGAAAUCGGGCAAGGACUUCGUGGCGGAGGAGCUGCAGAGCCGGCUCGGUCCAGAUGUUUGCACCAUUCUGCGGUUGUCGGGACCCCUUAAAGAGCAGUAUGCAAGGGAACACAGCCUGGAUUUCGGUCGCCUCUUGGAUGCCAGCAAUUACAAGGAGACGUACCGGGAGGACAUGAUCCGCUGGGGCGAGGAGAAGCGCCGGACUGAUCCUGGUUUCUUCUGCCGCAUUGUGGUGGAGGGUGUUGCACAGCCCGUCUGGGUUGUGAGCGACACACGACGUCUUUCAGACGUGGAGUGGUUCCGAGACGUGUAUGGAGACUUGGUGAAGGUGGUGCGCAUCAUAGCCAUGGAGGAGACCCGGAAGAGACGAGAUUGGGUGUUCGUAUCAGGGGUUGAUGACGCCGAGUCGGAAUGUGGCCUGGACCAAGGCGUGGCCUUCGACUGGAUCAUCACCAACGACGGAGACCAGCUUUCCUUGGAGGUCCAGCUGGAGAAGUUGCUCCAGUUCAUCCAGGGCACCCUCCAACCCCCUCCAAACAUCUAGAACGUCCCCUCCCUCCCUCGACCCAUCCUUUGGGUACUGGACUGGGACUUGGCUGCAGCACCAAAGAGAGAAAGAGAGAGAGAACCUGGAGCGUGGUGGGACCACCGACCGUUGGGAGUCCGUUCCAGGCCUGGGGGGGAUCCGCUUCCCUGUUUUGCAAGUCCAUUCCGAGACGUUCCAUAAUCCAGUGCCGGUUCUUCCCGCAACCCAUUCCAAACAGGGUGUUCGUAAGCCGCCCUGGCUAGCUGCUUUCUUGCCGACAUCUUUUGAGGGGCCAUUUUUGAGGCACUGGGUCCAGUUUGGGGGAACCGGUGUCACUCCUGUGUUUGUCUCUCUGCUUUUCUGGUCCACUGUUUAAAAAGUUGCCACUUUUGGCCACCAGAGGGCAGGAUGCACUCAGUUUAACAUUUUUUGCUGUUCUUUGCUGGUAAUCUUCCUUCCGAAUUCUGUCUCAGCUCGCUGCGGGAGCUUCAUGCUUCCUAACCCAGAUUUUUUGGGAUAGUCCUACCAGAGGGGUGGGAAACGCACACUGUUUGGGGGGGGGGGGAAGAGACAGGUUUUCUCCCCCAUCCCUUCCAGAUUUAAGCUGAUUUUUCUCUUCUAAACAGGAAUGUUCAAAUACGACUUGCGUUUUUUUUUUAAUCCCCGCCCACUUUUUUUCUCUGGGUGGGGGGAAAAAAUCGCCGUGCCUUAUUGUGGAGAGCUGCCCGUCCACCAGCCUGCCCUCCUCCGCCCUUUGCUCGCCUGCCCGUAAGCCCUUGCCGAAUCCUUCUUUCCGGACAGAGUGUGCCAACUUCCCCCCUCCCGAACAGCUGUGCGACAGAGAGAUGUUCAACAGCUGCCGAGAAUCGGGUGGGUGGGUGCGUUGAAGCUGUACCUGUUGGGUUUCUUCCUGUCCAGGCGGCUCUGGAAAGGCUCUCCGACGGUACAUUUUGCAGCUCGCAAAGGGCGUAGGUGCGCCGGCCGGGAAAGGAGUUGGCGACCCGUUAAAAAAACACGUUGCUUACGGAGGACUUCUGGGAUCAGCCGUUGGUGGGGGAGACCUUUGGUAUGACAGGAUAAAAUUAAGAGCAGGGUAAAAGGCGAUAAUUUCCUUGCCACGGGGUGGCCAACGCUUGCUCCGCGUGGCUCUGAGGAAGCAACGCCUGCUCUCCUGCCGAGAUUGUAUCUCUUCCCACGUGAUCUUGUCCCCCAUGGCUGCAUAAUCUCUCGCUAACACUUCUUGAUGCUAACU